CGAGAAUCUUAGAUACAAAUGCUUUUCUGCAUCUACUCAGCCAGCGGCUUCCACAGCCUGCAGACUACGACCCCCAUCAUCCCACAGGCUGCUGGCGAAACUCGUGCCCCUCACCGGUUCCUCUCACAAAUCCACAGUACUCUUGUCAUUCUUCCAUCGACUCCUCGUGGAUUGGGUUGUGUGUACGAUUCUGUUUCAUCCACCAAGGCCGGAAUAUGUUGUGAAUAGGCAAGACCUUGCUGAGGACGGUCGAAUACGGGACCUUCGGGCGAUCGCGGCACGCCGUGCUUCGCAAAAUGGUCUUGGAAUCCAGGUAUGGAGAGAUAGGCGCCAGCCACGGGCGAGUGGCGAGUGACAGCAAUGUCCAGUCCGCAGAAAAACCCCGCCCCGUUCCUUCACCCUAGUGACGAAUGCGGUCGCUUCAGUGCUCCUAGGCCCAGGUUCAGGGCCCCAGAUGCUGAUUUUGAGCGGGUGGGACAAUGUUAGCGUUGAGUGUACUUUUGAGGCCAAUAAGAAGGAAAAGUAUAGGAGGCCGGGAAGGUGAAGACAGGGGGGUUCGGGAUAGAGUUCGG